GUGGCGACUUGUCCCGGGUGUACCCCGCCUUCCGCCCGAUUGUAGCUGAGAUAGGCGCCAGCGCCCCCCGCGACCCCAAAAGGGAAUAAGCGGUAGAAAAUGGAUGGACAGGGGGUACAUCACUGAUCUAAAAAGCGAUGACAAAGAUUUUUUGAAAACCAUUAAUUAAGCCAAUUACAAAAUGUAGGCCUUACUUUCACAAAUUGACAUUGAUGUAGAAAAACGUUUGCCUGGAACAUAAUAAUAUCGACGAACAUUUCUAUGUUACUUGCAGCCGUUUAGAAAAAAAAAAAAAGAGGCAAAUACUGCCGAGAAGCGGGGGUGCGCGGCGUGAACGCGCCUCUCUCCGUGCGCGCGCCCGCCCGCCCCGGACAGCAGCGCGAAGGCAGCCCGGCUCAGACGAGCUUUGGCCGGGCAGACAAGAAGAUGGAGGCGCGGGUCGUGGGCGGGAGUCUCCUGUGGCUGCUGGCGGUGUGCGCCGCCCUCUGCGUGGACACCAGCCUGGGGAAAUACGUCAAAGGCGUCGUGGACACCAAAGAGGAAUGGGUUUUCCUCACUCGCUUCUGCUUCCUCACUGACUUUGGACGCCUGGACUUCCGGUUCCGUUAUUCUAAGUCCCGCUGCUGUCAGAACAUAUUACUCUACUUCGAUGACGCCUCUCAGUGGCCAGCUGUGUACAAGAGGCCUGAAAAGAACUGCUACCAGAAAGAGGCGGUGCUGAGGCCCGAGAACAACCAGGUCAUCAACCUCACCACCCGAUACACCUGGUCGGGAUGUGUGGUGGAGGGAGACGGCGACGAGGAGGUCCUGAGCUGCGUGGGCGGCCGCAGUUUUCGCUCGGUGAGAGAGAGGUGGUGGUACAUCGCUCUCAGCAAGUGCGGGGGCGAUGGUCUGCAGCUGGAGUAUGAGAUGAAACUGACAAACGGCCAGUCUUUCUGGACGCAGCACUUCUCAGCAGACGAGUUCGGAAUCUUGGAGACAGACAUCACCUUCUUGGUCGUCUUCUCCAUGGUCUUCCUGCUCUCCUGCUACUUCGCCUACAAUUUGAAGGGGAGACAGCUUCUUCACACGACCUACAAAAUGUUUAUGACGGCCGCAGGUGUGGAGGUGCUCAGCUUGUUGUUCCACUGUAUCUACGGAGGCCUCUACGCUCGCGAUGGAGUCGGCAACGGCAGCCUGAAAAUACUUGGGAAAUUACUCUUCUCCAUCAGUUUCCUGGUGUUCCUUCUAAUGCUGAUACUGUUGGGCAAAGGCUUCACUGUGACAAGGGCAAGGAUCAGUCACAGUGGAUCAGUGAAGCUGAGCAUCUACAUGACCGUCUACACCAUCACCUACGUCAUCCUCUUUAUCUACGAAGCAGAGUUCUUCGAUCCAGGCGAGGUCCUGUACGCCUACGACAGCCCGGCCGGCUACGGGCUGAUGGGCCUGCAGCUGCUGGCCUACGUGUGGUUCUGCUACGCCGUGCUGGUCUCCCUGAAGCACUACCCCGAAAAGCAGCCCUUCUACGUCCCCUUUUUCACCACAUACACGCUGUGGUUCUUCGCUGUGCCAGUGAUGGCGCUCAUCGCUAACUUUGGCAUCCCUCGAUGGGCUCGGGAAAAGAUCGUCAACGGCAUCCAGCUCGGCAUCCACCUCUACGCUCACAUCGUCUUCCUGGUCAUAACGCGGCCGUCUGCAGCCAACAAGAACUUUCCUUACCACGUGCGGACGUCACAGAUUGGAAUCCUCCUGUCCAGCCCGAAAGGCGGCGAGGCGGCCGAGAACUUCCCUCACCACGCCUACGGGAAUGGUUCCUUCCUGGGAGACUCUCAGCCCAACUUCACAGAACUCUUUUCCAUCCAGUCGGAUCCCGUCAAGACGGUGGAGGAGACGGUCGCCAAGAAGGUCCCAGAAGUGCCGAGGAACAGCGAGCAGAAGAUCAUCACCACCGCCGCCGCUGACCUGACGGCCAUUUUGCCGCUGCCGCCGCCGCCACCACCCCCAACCAUCCCACCUCGCCCGGCCGCACGCUCGCCCCCUCUCCCCGUCCGCCUUCCGUCCUUCACCGAGUACUUCAGCAUGCAGGGAGGAGGAGGUGCGUUUGGAUCCAAGGCGUGAGACGCCACGAAGGAAGCACAGGAAGGUCAAGAUGGCGUGAGUACAAAAUAAAAAGACAGCAGAGACGGACAAAGACGAGAAAAAAAGUGCGUUACGUGAAGUCUCCCGAUUGAUGGAGGGUGCGGAAGAAGCAGCAAUAUAUACGUGAGCAGUGGAGGGAGACAGACAACCGAGUAGACGCGGUCGCAGCAAUAGAAGGAAAGUCCAGCAUCACAGAUUGUAAAUAGUUUAAACCGGACAGAGCUCCCACUCUGUGUCGUUUUUCAUUUCCAGUCAAGGACAAAAAGUAAUGCCAUCACAUUUCCUUUGUUUAGGUAUUUAUUCUCUUAUGUUUGCUCAUUUAUAUCCUUCCAACGCCGACAUCGCAGCUGGUUAUUCCGGAUGUGUCGAUGUAAAACCUCGUUUCUGGUACUUGUAAGAAAAAUGAAAUAAGAAUAGAAAAAAAAAGAAAAAAAGCAUGUUUGUACUGUAAUAUAUGUCCAUAAAGUCGCUCCAUGCCCUGCUUAUAUUAUACAAAUAUUCAUAGACUGAGAUGAUAAAACCACUUUUUCCGCGCUAGGACGUCGGUGAAUGUACUGAAGCAAAACAGCACAAAGACACGUCAUCCAGCCUUCAUUUUAGCAUCCAUCCUCUCACUAACAUCAGCAAAUCGCCCCAAACUGACCAUGUCAUCCCCCCCACAAGUGGCGCUUCAUUUUUUUUAAAUAGAAAAAAAAAACUUAAAGAUAAAGUUUUAGUGAUUUAAAAGUGUUUCAAUCUGAGGUUAGCGAGCGUAGCAUCAGAAACUGUGAGCUAAAAUCAAAUUAUAUACCGUAUUUCCUUGAAUUGCCGCCGGGUAUAUAGUAUGCACCUGCCUUCAAUUACCGCCGGGUCAAACUCGUGACGUCACGAGUGACACUUCCCCUGUCAUCCAUCCAUCUUCUUCCGCUUAUCCGAGGUCGGGUCGCGGGGGCAACAGCCUAAGCAGGGAAACCCAGACUUCCCUCUCCCCAGCCACUUCCUCUAGCUCUUCCCGGUGGAUCCCGAGGCGUUCCCAGGCCAGCCGGGAGACAUAGUCUUCCCAACGUGUCCUGGGUCUUCCCCGUGGCCUCCUACCGGUUGGACGUGCCCUAAACACCUCCCUCGGGAGGCGUUCGGGUGGCAUCCUGACCAGAUGCCCGAACCACCUCAUCUGGCUCCUCUCGAUGUGAAGGAGCAGCGGCUUUACUUUGAGUUCCUCCCGGAUGGCAGAGCUUCUCACCCUAUCUCUAAGGGAGAGACCCAAACUCAUUUGGGCCGCUUGUACCCGUGAUCUUAUCCUUUCGGUCAUGACCCAAAGCUCAUGACCAUAGGUGAGGAUGGGAACGUAGAUCGACCGGUAAAUUGAGAGCUUUGCCUUCCGGCUCAGCUCCUUCUUCACCACAACGGAUCGGUACAACGUCCGCAUUACUGAAGACGCCGCACCGAUCCGCCUGUCGAUCUCACGAUCCACUCUUCCCCCACUCGUGAACAAGACUCCUAGGUACUUGAACUCCUCCACUUGGGGCAGGGUCUCCUCCCCAACCCGGAUAUGGCACUCCACCCUUUUCCGGGCGAGAACCAUGGACUCGGACUUGGAGGUGCUGAUUCUCAUUCCAGUCGCUUCACACUCGGCUGCGAACCGAUCCAGUGAGAGCUGAAGAUCCCGGCCAGAUGAAGCCAUCAGGACCACAUCAUCUGCAAAAAGCAGAGACCUAAUCCUGCGGUCACCAAACCGGAACGCCUUGACUGCGCCUAGAAAUUCUGUCCAUAAAAGUUAUGAACAGAAUGGGUGACAAAGGACAGCCUUGGCGGAGUCCAACCCUCACUGGAAACGUGUCCGACUUACUGCCGGCAAUGCGGACCAAGUUCUGACACUGAUCAUACAGGGAACGGACCGCCACAAUCAGACAGUCCGAUACCCCAUACUCUCUGAGCACUCCCCACAGGACUUCCCGAGGGACACGGUCCAAUGCCUUCUCCAAGUCCACAAAGCACAUGUAGACUGGUUGGGCAAACUCCCAUGCACCCUCAAGAACCCUGCCCAGAGUAUAGAGCUGGUCCACAGCUCUUGGGACCUCCCCUGUCAUCAUUUUCAAAAUGCAGGAGGCUGAUUUCAAAACCGGUAAUUUGAAAUCGCAUAAAGGGAAGAAGAUUAAGAGCUAUUCAGUAGGAUUUAAGGUCCAAGCUUACAUCACACUCAAAUUUUUACUGCGUACCUUUGGUAAGUGCCGGAGUGAGAGGAGGUUUUAAAAUAAUUAGCGCAUGCUUACUUUUACCGCAUGCCUUUGGUAAUAAGCGCAGGAGUGAGAAGUGAAGUGAAUAAUAUUUAUAUAGCACUUUUCUCUAGUGACUCAAAGCGCUUUACAUAGUGAAACCCAAUAUCUAAGUUACAUUUAAACCAGUGUGGGUGGCACGAGGUUUUAAAUUAAUUAGCGCCCCGGCGGCAAUUCAAGGAAAUCCGGUAAUUUUUUUUUUUGGACUUGUAAUCGACAAAUAUAAUUGAAAUAAGAGAUUGUAUGGCCUACAAGUGCGUGUCAUUUUAAGUAUGUAAGGUUGUAUUUUUGCCUCAUCCUUCACUUAAAGCACGAGUGAAGAAUGUGCUGCCCAACUGAUAAGUCCACAGAUAAAGAGAUGAUAGAGUAUUAUCUACUCACAUGUGCCACCUGGUGGUUGUUUGAGCACACUGCAGCUAGUCCUGGAUAGUCCCACUCCUUAACCUCUUAAAGCCCAAACUGUUUGUUUACGUGCUUUUGUUUUAUUUCUCCUUUCUAUUUGGGCUUAUUGGACUCUAAUUAGAAUAAAAACUAACAUAUUUUGAUAUGAUGUACUUAGUCCAUAAGUACACAAACGUGUACUUCAUGUUUAGCGACAUGCUAAUUCUUAUUUUUACACUUUUUCUCCCCCUAAAUUCCAAUGUACGUUAUGCUCUUCUGAAACCACCAGAAGUAGUGUACACAAUUUUGGAAAUAAGAGCUAAAAGGUGCUGUCCACGCAUGUGGCCACUAAGCCUUUAGAGGUUUUAAAGGGGAACUGCUCUUUUUUUUUUUUUUUUUUUGGCAACUGUGCCUGUCUUUCACAAUCGUUAUGUGAAGCAAGCGCGCACAUGUUUUUUAUGCAUUCUAACUCGUAAAUAAACGCCAUCAAAAGUCUGCUUACAAAGUAGCCAAUAGGACUCUCUCUAUUCUGCCUUCGAAAAGCUUAAAAAUAAUCCAAGUUUUAUAUACAAACCCUGUUUCCAUAUGAGUUGGGAAAUUGUGUAAGAUGUAAAUAUAAACAGAAUACAAUGAUUUGCAAAUCAUUUUCAACCCAUAUUCAGUUGAAUAUGCUACAAAGACAACAUAUUUGAUGUUCAAACUCCGAAACGUUUUUUGCAAAUAAUAAUUAACUUAGAAUUUCAUGGCUGCAACAGGUGCCAAAGUAGUUGGGAAAGGGCAUGUUCACCACUGUGUUACAUCACCUUUUCUUUUAACAACACUCAAUACACGUUUGGGAACUGAGGAAACUAAUUGUUGAAGCUUUGAAAGUGGAAUUCUUUCCCAUUCUUGUUUUAUGUAGAGCUUCAGUCCUUCAACAGUCCGGGGUCUCCACUGUCAUAUUUUACGCUUCACACAUUUUCCAUGGGAGACAGGUCUGGACUGCAGGCGGGCCAGGAAAGUACCCGCACUCGUUUUUUACAAAGCCACGCUGUUGUAACACGUGCUGAAUGUGACUUGGCAUUGUCUUGCUGAAAUAAGCAGGGGCGUCCAUGAAAAAGACGGCACUUAGAUGACAACAUAUUUUGUUCCAAAACCUGUAUGUACCUUUCAGCAUUAAUGGUGCCUUCACAGAUGUGUAAGUUACCCAUGCCUUGGGCACUAAUGCACCCCCAUACCAUCACAGAUGCUGGCUUUUCAAUGUUGCGUCGAUAACAGUCUGGAUGGUUCGCUUCCCCUUUGGUCCGGAUGACACGAUGUCGAAUAUUUCAGAAAACAAUUUGAAAUGUGGACUCGUCAGACCACAGAACACUUUUCCACUUUGCAUCAGUCCAUCUUAGAUGAUCUCGGGCCCAGAGAAGCCGGCGGCGUUUCUGGAUGUUGUUGAUAAAUGGCUUUUGCUUUGCAAAGUAGAGCUUUAACUUGCACUUACAGAUGUAGCGACCAACUGUAUUUAGUGACUGGUUUUCUGAUGUGUUCCUGAGCCCAUGUGGUGAUAUCCUUUAGAGAUUGAUGUCUGUUUUUGAUACAGUGCCGUCUGAGGGAUCGAAGGUCACGGUCAUUCAAUGUUGGUUUCCGGCCAUGCUGCUUACGUGGAGUGAUUUCUCCAGAUUCUCUGAACCUUUUGAUGAUAUUAUGGAGCGUAGAUGUUGAAAUCCCUACAUUUAUUGCAAUUGCACUUUGAGAAACGUUGUUCUUAAACUGUUUGACUAUUUGCUCACGCAGUUGUGGACAAAGGGGUGUACCUCGCCCCAUCCUUUCUUGUGAAAGACUGAGCAUUUUUUGGGAAGCUGUUUUUUUAGCCAAUCAUGGCACCCACCUGUUCCCAAUUAGCCUGCACACCUGUGAGAUGUUCCAAAUAAGUGUUUGAUGAGCAUUCCUCAACUUUAUCCGUAUUUAUUGCCACCUUUCACAACUUCUUUGUCACGUGUUGCUGGCAUCAAAUUCUAAAGUUAAUGAUUAUUUGCAAGUAUCAGUUUGAACAUCAAAUAUGUUGUCUUUGUAGCAUAUUCAACUGAAUACGGGUUGAAAAGGAUUUGCAAAUCAUUGUAUUCUGUUUAUAUUUACAUCUAACACAAUUUCCCAACUCAUAUGGAAACGGGGUUUGUAUUUGUACAAUAAAACUCCUCAUAGGAAGUUGUUAUAUUUGUCUUUGUGACAUGAUACAAUUCACAUUAAUGAGAAUUUCAAAUAGAAAAGUGACAGAACUGCAGCUUAAGGCUGAUUUCCAUCUCAUUGCAAAUAACACUAAUUCAGCCUAAUAGUGAGUUGUAUUUUGCAUGCACUUAUUCUUGCUGUAUUUUUAAGCCGGUCCCUGAAAAUGAUACAUAAAUUAAACCGGUCGGUGGUGCAAGAAAACUUGGGGACCACUGAGGACUCCCUUGUAAGCUGACUUUAAUUUACAAGUCAGAAUGCAUAAAAAAACAAAAAACAUAUGUGUUCUUGUCUCUCAUUAAGAUUGUGAAUUAUAGGCAAAAAAACAAAAGGGCAGUCCCCCUUCAAUGUGUCAGUCGCACGCAGGAUUCUCACAGGAAUGAGGCGAAAACACAACCUUUAGAAUGUCUUUUAUAUGUCUUGGAGGACCCUGUCUCACUUUUGAAACACAUGAAGCUCCAACAGCUUGUAAAAAAAAAAAAGAAAAAAAAAGUGUACAUGUUGUGUCCUGCAUGGAGCACUUUGAAUGUUCCCGCCUUGUUGAUUUGUGAUGAUGUCACCUCCCAGAUGGAACAUGUAAAUACACCCCACCCCCGCCUGUUGUCAACAAUAGCAGCCACCUUUCGUUGUAAAAAAAAAAUGGACAGAGAUUCCAAAUGAA